UGUACUAAUAAGCUGCACAAUGCAAAAAUGUAUCUGUUACAAUAACACAAAUUAUUAUCGGAGUAGAUUACAUGUGCACUGGAGCAGAAUUACAUGUCUUUGUGUAUCUUGUUUUAUGUAUUUGUUAAUAUGAAAGAUACAAUUCCAUAUUUGAACACAAUUCCAGUAGGCGGCGCUACCGCCAGCAGGUUUCCCGUCAAAAGCGCCGAAGAAGACAUUAGACAUGGCGGCGUCCUGUGCGGCACUCAUGCGGGUUCGCGCACUGGUCACUUUAAGGAGAAAAACUCUAGAAGUUAAUAAAGACAUCUGGUCAAACUGGACGUCUGUGUGUCAUUAUAGGACUAAAGUUGGUGUCACACAUAAACAUCGGCGCUCUCCGCCGGAAACGGAUCACAAAGGUCGUCCUGAUCUUCUUCUCGAGUUUCCCCAGCCGAAGAACCUCCUGUUCGCCACACUGUCCAAAUCUCUGGGUCUGUCCGAUCUGUCCCAGUACAUCCAGUACAGCUGCACCGAUGGAGAAGUCAAGAGAGCGACAGUCACGCUUCACUGGCCCGAGAGGAUCGAGACCGAGGGCUUCGGGUCGCGGAAGGUGGAGGCGGAGCGUCACGCGGCAGCCGCGGCUCUCUGUAAACUCCGAGAGCUGGGAGUCCUCAGUCAAGGAACGCAACCAUCUGUAACAGGAAUGACGAGACGGAAAGGGAGGCAGACGUCUGUCUGGGAAGAUGAAGAUGAUGUGGCGGUCCAUGAUCGUCUUAAAUAUCUGCCGUUCCAGAAGAAAACCCAGAAGGAAAGAGCCCAAGGGCCCAUAGAAGAGGAUCCAGCAGUGAUCGAGGCGCUCUCCGUAUUUCCAAAGCCAAAGGCACUUCUUGGCAGCAUCAUUCAGGUGGCCACAUCAUCCAAUAGAGUCAGAGAGCUGCUUCAGUACAGAACUACCGGUGGUAAGGUAAAGACGUGUGAGUUGACCGUACGCUGGCCCGAGGAGAUGACCUUUACCGCUGAUGGCCGUCGCAGACUGGAGGCGGAGUCAAACGCAGCAGCACUGGCUUGUCUCCGGUUUAAGGAGCUGAAGCUUCUGGAUGAGCAGAACAAUCCUCUGACUCACGCCAGGUACCAUCAGCAGGAGGUGCGUGAAGCUGGAGAGAGACACAGACGGCCCUGCCGCAUCCAAAUACCCACAGAUCUAGAGCGCAGGGUUCAGGAGUACCUCACACAGUAUCCAGUGGAGGCUGAGGUUCAGAAACUGUGGGAUGAAGAGGAGCAGCGGCCCGUUCAUGAUGAUGAUGAUGAUGAUGAUGACUUGAUUACAGAUGCUAUCACCGGUAAGCGGUACCGUGCUUUACGCCAUGAGGAGGCGGAGUCUCUCAGCGACCACCUGCUCAGCCUGUGGAUGAGGGCGGGGCCUGGCAGAGGGGCGGAGCUUCCCGUGGACUCCUAUAAAGAGAGCGUGCUGGAGGCGGUGAGGGCCUCACAGGUGGUUGUGAUCGCAGGAGAGACGGGCUGCGGGAAGACCACACGGAUCCCGCGCUUCUUGUUGGAGGGGCAGGUCAGGAGAGGAGAGGGGGCCGAGUGCAACAUCCUGGUCACGCAGCCUCGCCGGAUCAGCGCCGUGUCUGUGGCGCACCGUGUAGCGCAGGAGAUGGGACCCGCUCUCCGUCACUGCGUGGGAUACCAGGCAAGAACAUACUAGAGCUUUCAGUCUGU